AUGUCCCGAUCAGCCGCCGACGCAACACGGUUCACGGCCACCGGGCCCUACGCCAGCUCCAAGACCGGCAGCGCCCCCGACUUCUCCGCACAGAAGUCCAAGAAAGCAUCACCACAGACCGGACCCAAUGGCAAACCCGAGACACCCAAGGAGAAGGUUGAACGACUGCGAGCCCAGGCACGGGCUGCGAAGCAGGCACAGGCAGCGGGAAGCAGCGCGGAUCGAUUCAUCGAGUUUGGGCGGAAGUUUGCCAACAAGGCGCACAAGGGACUGGUUUACUCUUUGAUUGCUGCAUCUGGUGUCAGUGCUGCUCUGACAGUCUACACGUUUGUUUCAUUGACAAUGUACAACCGCCGCCAACGCGAACUCUGGAUCGAGCGCGAAGUCGCGAGCCUUCGACAGGCGGAGCUUGCUAUCGCCAACGGCACCGCCACUAUCGAGCAGGAAGAGCUCGUCAAGAAAGAGAAGAUUGAAGAUAUUCUCAAGCAGAAGCGCGAUGAGGAGAAGGCACAGAAGCCCUGGGCGAAGGCAAAGCGAUUCCUCUUCGAGAAGUUCAACGCCGAAGAUAGCGGUGCCGCACCCACACUGGCAGAGAGCGCGGAACAAAAGGGCAGUGUCACCGAGGCACUGCAAGCCAAGCAGGCAAUUGACGCUGCCUCUGCAAAGACCGGCGCUCCCCUGCCGGGUCAAUUGGACGUCAUGGCCGAGCGCGUGGAGGAUGCCGCCAAGACCACGACGAAGGGCUGGACUUCUUGGUUGACGGGGCGGUAG